AUGGCAUCUUUCGCCUCCCAGACCUACACUCCCACCGAGGAGGCCGAGAUCCAGCAAUGGCUCACCACCUCCGAGCGUCUCAAGUCCCCCGAGGACAAGUCCACCAUCCUCGAGACCCUCAACAACCACCUCUCCAGCCGCUCCACCCUCCUCGGCAGCAAGCCCUCCAAGGCCGACGUCGCCAUCUACGAGACCCUCGCCCCCAUCGUCGCCAAGUGGUCUCCCGAGGAGCGAACCGGCGAGAAGGGACAUCCUCACAUCGUCCGCCACGUCGACUUUGUCCAGAACUCUCCCCUGUUCGGCCUCGAUGUCAAGGAUGAGAACAAGGUCCAGGUUGAUCGUGAUAACGUUCUCUACGUGAAGCCUCCCGUUGACGCCAAGGCCGAGAAGGAGAAGAAGAAGAAGGAGGCUGCUGCUGCUACCGCUAGUGGUGCUGGUGAGGCCUCGCUUGUUGAUCGUACCAAGGAGAAGGUCAAGGAGGUUGUUGAGACGGCCAAGGAGAAGAUUGCUACCGAUAAGCCUAAGAAGGAGAAGAAGGAGAAGGCUCCCAAGCAAAAGGCUGCUCCCGCCCCUGCUGCUCCUCUAUCCCCUGCUCUCAUUGACCUCCGAGUCGGUCACAUUCUCAAGGCCAUCAACCACCCCGACGCCGACUCCCUCUACGUCUCCACCAUCGCUGUCGGCGACAAGCCCGGCAACGAGGACUACGUCGAGUACGAGGGUCAAGUCUGCCGCACCGUCUGCUCCGGUCUCAACGGCCUCAUCCCUCUCGAGUCCAUGCAGGGCCGCAAGGUCGUCGUGGUCUGCAACCUCAAGCCCGUCAAGAUGCGCGGCAUCAAGUCCUGCGCCAUGGUCCUCGCCGCCUCUCCCAAGAUCAAGGAGGGUGAGGUCGACGACCACAAGGGCCCCGUUGAGCUCGUCACUCCCCCCGAGGGUGCCAAGGCCGGUGACCGUGUUUGGUUCGAGGGCUGGGAGGGUAGCCCUGAGGGUGUGCUCAACCCCAAGAAGAAGAUCUGGGAGACUUUCCAGCCUGGUUUCACUACCACCGAUGGUCUUGAGGUUGCUUUUGAUGCGGGUGUUGUUGAGCAGCUUGGAAAGACUGGCCGUGGACGUCUUGUUACUGAGAGUGGUGGUGUCUGCACUGUCCCCAGCCUCAAGGAUGCUGUUGUGCGAUAA